UUCUUACAUUUUCGACCAAAACACGCAGACACCUACUAGCAGUUUCUAGAACAAACUAAAUCUCACCGCCCCAUUCCUAUUCUCCCACCGAACCUCUCUUUAUAUCAUUCUUCACCAUCAUUUUUCCACCAACAUAUUCCAAUCUCGCCGGCGUAGUUUUACUGUUUUGAGAAAUUGUUAUCUACUUUUGGUUCAGGCAUUUUCACAAACAGUUUUUGCAAAUGGAAGAAGACGGUGCCGUUACAGUGUACAGUGGCAGCGCCAUUACUGAUACCAAGAAGAAUACGUUCUCGAUCAAAGUUGGAAUUGCUCAAAUGCUUAGAGGAGGAGCGAUUGCGGAGGUUACCACCGUCAACCAAGCGAAGAUUGCCGAGUCGGCCGGAGUUUGUUGUCUUGUAGUUUCGGAGCCUAAAGGACCCGGAAUCUCGCGUAUGCCCGACCCGUCUCUAAUCAAGGAGAUCAAGCAGGCAGUUGCGCUUCCUGUAAUGGCGAAAGCCCGUGUCGGUCAUUUUGUUGAAGCCCAGAUCCUUGAAGCUAUUGGAGUUGAUUAUAUAGAUGAGAGCGAGACUUUAGCACUAGCAGACGAAGAUCAUUUCGUCAACAAACAUAAUUUCCGGGCACCCUUUGUCUGUGGAUGUCGAGAUCUUGGAGAAGCGUUAAGGAGAGUCAGAGAAGGCGCUGCCAUGGUUAGGACCCAAGGGGAUCUAGCGGGUACGGGCAGUAUAGUUGAUACAGUCCACAAUGUGAGGAAAGUGAUGGGAGAUAUUAGAAUUCUAUCAAACAUGGAUGAUGAUGAGGUCUUCACUUUCUCAAAGAAGAUCGGUGCACCUUAUGAUAUUGUUGCACAGACGAAGCAGAUGGGUAGGCUCCCUGUGGUUCAUUUUGCUGCUGGUGGAAUCGUCACGCCUGCAGAUGCAGCGUUCAUGAUGCAGCUGGGUUGUGAUGGUGUGUUUAUUGGUUCGGAUAUAUUCAAUUGCUCUGAUCCUUACAAGAAAGUUAGGGCAAUUGUGCAGGCUGUCAGGAACUAUAACGAUCCCCAUAUUUUGGCCGCGGCUAGCAGUGGUUUGGAGGAAGCAAUGGGCGGUCUAAAUCUGAACGAAAACAGGGUCGAGCGAUUUGUUAGUGAUGAGACCUACUGAUGAGAUCAAGUUGAGUCUGUUUUUGUGUCUGUUGUUGAUCAUAGUAUCAUGUAUUUUGCAGUUCAGCUUUUGUGAACAAUAUCUUUUCUUGGUUUUGCUUUUGCAAUAACUUGAUGAUGAGUUUAACA